CGCAGCCAUUUUGAGCAGUGCUAUCUCAGACUCGUAUCGUUCCACUUGUCUUUGUGCUCUUUAGACUGCGGCCGCUGCCUAGUAUUUUGAUUCCGUCUAAAUUUCGAAAGUAAUAGAUUUCAUGGUGCUGUCUGGCGCUAAUUAUUUGUUCUAUCCCACCGAUUUCUAUGAUAGCCCUGUUUCAGGCUUUGUAAAGAUUGAAGUCUUUAAAAAUAUAACAUUUAAUACGAUUUUCUUUAAAGUGUGUAAAGCGUGUGAAGAAAGUAUGGCUUCAAUUCCUCCAUCAGCGUUUUCUGCUGGUCGGAUUCGUGAAACCCAGCGUGAUAUGAAAGUUUCUAAUAUAAAGAAAGGAGUGGAACCGCAAAAAUACUUUCACACUAAACUUAUGGAGCUCACCCCUUUAAAGUACAAUAGCAAAUUGAUGAAUAGCAUCUGGGGCUUCUACAAUCGCUACUCUCCUCAUAAUGUGAAGAAAAUCAACGAUGCUUUGCCUUUUAAUGCGGACUUGCAGCAAUCUGCUGUCAAUUCCCCUAAUAAGAAUGAAACUACGAUCACCUUGCCAAAAGCCAAGCUUGAUAACGUCUGGGCGUCUUUCAAUACAUCACAGUCUCACUGAAUACAAUGUUUUUUUUUUUAAACAGUGCAAACUUGUCAAUAAUAUAUGAAUACUGGUUAUAAUAAAGACUUAUAAAGGUA